AAGGCCAGUCCCAGCCCUCACAGAGACCCCCCAACUUUCAGCUGCCCAUCUUGCCUACAGCUCUCGCCUCAUAUUCAUACUCAGCCAUAGCCAUGGCUCAGACACUGGCUCUGAGCCUCCUUAUCCUGGUCCUGGCCCUCUGCGUCCCCUGGACCCAAGGCAGUGAUGGAGGGGCUCAGGACUGCUGCCUAAAGUACAGCCAAAGGAAGAUUCCCUACAAGGUUGUUCGCGGCUACCGGAAGCAGGAAGCAAGCUUAGGCUGCCCCAUCCCAGCUAUCCUGUUCUUGCCCCAGAAGCGCUCCCAGCCAGAGCUCUGUGGAGACCCCAAGGAGGCCUGGGUGCAGCAGCUGAUGAAGCGUCUAGACAAGCCACCAGCCCCCCGGAAAGAAGGCCAGGGCUGUAGGAAGGACAGGGAGACCCAGAAGCCUGGAAAGAAGAGAAAGGGUUCCAAAGGCUGCAAGAGGACUGAAGAGCCACAGACCCCCCAAAGGGCCUUAGCUCAGUGACCAGCCUGGAGCCCAGGAGGCCCCCACCAGCCUCAUCAGGGCUUGAAGCCCCAACCCAAGGGGCAAGAAGGGGACUAUAAGAGAGGAAGGACUCAGGAGCCCCAGAGCAGCCACCCCAUGCAGCCCUUGUCACACCCCCUUCUGCUGCUUCAGCCAACCCAUCUGUAUUCCCAUCCCUACCUUGCAUGGCUGAGUUGCCCAUGCUGGGCCAGGCCCAGAGUGACAGAGGAAGGAGACAGCAGGACUGUCCCCUCUGGGAGGUCACCCAGGAUCCAAGACCUGACCCUGCUCCCCAUUACAUCCCACCUCUUCCUUUUAAAUGUGAUUUAUGCUUAACCAAAUAAAAAGCUGUUGCAGCCGCCCACCCAAA